ACCCGUUAGUUUGGAGUUCUUCCUGUUAGGAAGCGAAGCAUUCCAACACCGGUCACUUGGUCCCUGUGUGGAGAGAGUCCUGAAUCGUCUUGAUCUCUGUUCCCUGGAGGAUUCACUGGUCAGAGUGUUUUGCUGUACCAAAGAUCAGCCCCCCACCAGAGCACCAGGCCACCCUUGGCUUCUGUGAUGAAGGCCACUGUUGCCUACCUCCUCCUUCUCCUCUCUGCUCUCCUGGCUGCAGGGACCUGCCUGCAGUGUGAGGUUUGCUUAGGUCUAGGCAUGAACUGCAGUGGCUCAAUACAGGAGUGCAAUACUGGAGAAAAUACCUGCUUCCAUGCACUGAUAGAAUCAUCUACCAAUGGCCAAAAGAAGUCCAUCCAGGCUAUCAGGGGCUGCGUGACCUCCCAUGUCUGUGGAUGGAGUCCAGCCAUCUUUCAUUCUGAAGUGAAAUAUAAAAUAGCCUUCACCUGCUGCACCGGGGACUCCUGCAGGACCACCUUCCCACAAUUGCCUGAAGACAGCUUCAUCCCCAACGGGCUGUACUGCCCCUGUAAACCAAAGGUGGAAUCAAAUUAUUGCAAUAACGCAUGGUUGGCUUGCACUGAAGAGGAGUCUCAGUGCUUGAACUUCACAGAGACAUUGACUUUUGGUCUUGCCAAGGUCCAAAACUCCAUCAUGGGCUGUGCAACGCCAUCAGCCUGCAACAUUGAAGACAUGAGCAAAAAAAUCUUGGAAAAACUUGGUUUCGGCAUGGUCCAACACACAUGCACACAAGCCUCCAGAUUGCAAAGCUCAGCUCCAGGGAACACCAAGCUUCUUCUCCCAGUCUUCAUUGGGCUGAUCCUAGCAAGGCUCCUCGCCUGAGCCUCAGUCCAUGAGAUGGCAACAGAGUCACCAGUCCCUGCUCUGCAACCUCUCUGUCCUGGUGCCUUCAGCCUCCUCACAGGUUUGGUUCCCUGACGAUUCGUUCCAGGAAAUAAAAGGAAUCAGGAAAGAGA